AUGUCCCAGCGGAGCACAGCCUGGGCAGCUGUAAUCGAGCUCUUCAAGCUUGCCGCUUUAAUUUACAUGAAAAGGGCAUCGCGGAACUUUUCAGGCAUCUCCCCUCAGAUUGACGUAAUGGUGGAGAGGGCGUAUCUACUUUUAGAUGACCUGGAGGCCUUUCAUCCGGCCUUCCCACUGUUCAUUAUUGGAUGCGAGGCUCGUAAAGAUGAGCAGAGAAAGAAAAUUCUCGAGCAUAUUGGCAGAGCAAGGAAAACCUCGAGUUUGAGGAGCUUGCAUGACCUACAAAACAUUCUCCAGCAGAUUUGGGUCCAGCACGACCUUGCUGUUGAUUAUGAUAUGGAUUAUUUGAAUACGCUGGACGCCGUCAUAACUUCUUACCGGAUUAUGCCGAGUUUUGUUUAG